AUGGCAAAUGAUAAUGAACCAAGUACAUAUGAAGAAGCCUUAGAACGUUAUAUUGAAUAUCGAACACGUUUUGAACGUAUCGAAAAUGAAUUUGAUGAAUAUCAACAAUCAUCAUUAAAUUAUGAACAAGAAUUAGAAGUACAAUUAAAACAAUUAGAUAGUCAAACACAUCGAUUACAACAAGAACUAUUUGUUGAACGUACACAAAAUGAACAAUAUCGUGAACGUAGUGAACAAACUAUAAAACAGUUCGAUAAACGUUUCGAUCAAUUACAAGAAGAAUUAAAUGCUUGUAAAAAUUUAAAUGAAAAACUAACAACGUAUAUUAGGGAAUUAGAACAAACUAAUGACGAUCUUGAACGAAGUAAACGAACAUUGUUAGAUAGUUUAUCAACGUUUGAAACGCAACUUAAUCGUGCAUUAGAACAAAACGCUUUAUUAGAAAAUGAACUUGAUGAAAAACAACAGUUAACCGAAACGGUCCAAAGAUUACGUGAUGAAACUCGAGAUUUACGUGAAGAACUUGAUGUAUUACAUAAAACAAACACAGAAAAAGCUCUCAGUGCAACGAAUACAUCUACGAAAGGAACGCCAAUUGUAAAUAGUAGUCGAAUGAAAAGUAUUUUAUCCGAAGCAGCAGCUUCUGGGGCAACACCAGUACAUGAUUCAACUCUUCGACAAGGCUUAGCCAAUGGUCAUUAUAAAGCUCCAUCGUCUUUACAUGGUCAUAUAAAUGGAAUUUCCUCUCCUUCAACACCCAAACCUCCUUCUCUAUCUUCUGCAACAGAUUUUACUCGUAUUGUUGUGCCUGGUUCGCCAUCUUCAUCUACAGAACAGCAACUACCAACAAAUAUAAACAGUCCAAAUGGUUAUUCAGCUACACUACCAAAUGAUUUUACACAGCCAUUAUCUGUACCAACUCGAUUACAAUCUCUAAAUUUAAUCAACGAAGCAUUUAGACGUUUCAGCGCUAUUGAAGCGACAUUAGCAGCUCAACGUAAACAAUCUCAGAUGACAUCAUCAUCAAUAAAUCCUCAUCGUUCACGACUAAAUUCUACAACCAAUAAUUCAACGACAAAACAACAACAACAGCAGCAGCACCAGCAACAGCAGCAAAAUAAUGAAUCGACUAUGGCUCAAGCACAAUCUUAA